AUGAGUGCAUUACUAUCUGAGCAAGACUUGAACGAUUUCAUAAGUCCCGGUUUGGCGUGUGUGAAGCCCACUGAGGUAAAGAAAGUGAACGAAGAACAGACGACAGAAAUCGAGGUCGGCAAAGAAGCAAGCGAGCUGGAAAAAGUGUCCAUCAGUUUACAGGACUGUCUGGCAUGUGCAGGGUGUAUUACAUCUAGUGAAGAGAUCCUGCUGAGUAGGCAAAGCCACACGGUGUUUGUUGAAGCUUGGAAGAAUUUGCGCGAUGAGCGUCAACUUGCUGUGAGUAUAUCACCUCAAAGUAGGAUAUCUUUGGCCGACUACUAUGGUCUGACGUUGGAAACGCUUGAUUUGACACUUUUGAAUCUGUUCAAGGUGUAUUUUGGUUGCAGAUACUUUGUCGGUACCCAGAUGGGUCGGAAUCUAACAAUAAGUCGCAGUAAUCAAGAACUUAUCAGUCUAAAACAGCAAGGAGAACUAGCAAAGAAACCUAAACUGAGUGCUGUAUGUCCCGGAUUUGUGUUGUAUGCCGAAAAGACUAAGCCAGAAUUGGUACCAUACCUCUUAAACGUGAAAUCACCACAACAGAUUACAGGAUCGCUACUGAAAAUGUCCAGCAACGAAAAGCUGUACCACUUGAGUAUCAUGCCCUGUUUCGAUAAGAAAUUGGAAGCUUCGAGGCCCGACGGUGAAAAAGAAGUUGACUGUGUUAUAACACCGAGAGAGGUGGUCACCAUGUUGCAAGAACUUCAGAUUGAUAUAAACCAGUACAAAUCAGAGGACCAAGCCCUUCGCAAAGCACUAUCUCCGUUAGGAUGGGACCCAAUCCUACACUGGUCCUCGAAUGAAGGGAGCAGUUCAGGCGGUUUCGCCUAUCAGUAUAUCCUCGAGAUGUAUCACUUAUAUCCAGAGUCUGCUUUACAGGUAUUAGAGGGCAAGAACAGCGACUUAAGAGAGUAUAGGCUUACAGAUUUGGCAAAUGGACAAACGAUAGCAUCUGCUACCGAGCUCUAUGGGUUUAGAAACAUUCAGAAUAUGGUCCGCAAGCUCACUCAGAGGUCUAUCAGACCGCGCAACCCUAGACUUCUCAAGAACAGGCAGGCAACUUCGUCCGCAUCCACCAAACCCGCCAUCGCAGACCCAACCAACACAGAUUUCAUUGAAGUUAUGGCCUGUCCUGGAGGUUGUAUCAACGGUGGAGGUCUACUGAGCAAGGAUUCCGCAUCAAACAGCACAAGCAACGCAGUCAGAAAAAAAGCCAUAAUUGACCAUCUCAAUGCUCGCUACACACAAGAAAUGGUCAACAUAGAUGCCAGAACCAUGGGUCAAGAAAUCGACCAUCGUUCCACAUCUCAUACACUCUCUUAUCACUACGAAUUCCACCCCAUCGAUGCUCAACCCAGCGACGUCGUCUCAUUGGGCAAUACCUGGUAA